AUGAAUAGCCUGCUGAUUGGGGCCCUGCUGCUGCUCAACCUGUCCACCUGUGUCGCUGUGCCAGUGUCAUCAGCUCCUCCCGCAAAUGUCAUCUUUGACUCUGUGGACUUUAAGAACGUCCUCCGCUGGACACCGCCCGCCAACAGCAGCGACGUGCGCUACGACGUCCAGUGGAAGAUUUACGGCAAUGCCGAGUGGCGGGAGAUGGACGACUGCCUGGGCAUCCGCAAGCUCCAAUGUGACCUCAGCGGCGUCACCUUGGACCUCCAAGAGUGGUACUACGCCAGACUGAGAGCCUCAUCCUCAUCCUCGAGCAAGUCAGAGUGGGUCCUCUCCCCGAAAUUCAGCCCCCGAUGGCACACCAAAAUCAGCGCACCGCUUCUGAGGCUGAACGCCAGCGAUCGCGGCGGCAUCGUGGUCCGCGUGAGGACCCCGCAACCUGUGGCCAAGAAGAUGCAAAGCAGUCGCCUUUACAACAAUCUGAUCUACAAAAUCUUUCUCAUCGAUGAAGUGGGCAAAGAGGAGGUGUUUGAGCUACUUUGCUGCUCGGGGAAACUUCUGGUGAGCAAAGUGAAGCACAAGACGGAAUAUUGCUUCCAGUCGCAGAGCGUCGCAGCGCUGCAGGGGCGCAGCAGCGCUCGCGGACCCACAAAGUGCAUCACCACACUAUGAACAUACUAACACACACACACACACACACAAAACACUAAUAUAAAGCAAUUACAUGUAAAAUGUGUCUCCUUAAGAGCAUGUGAUGUACUCAAACUGAACACUCCAUUUGGCACAGCAUCCAAAUAAAAAUGCGUAUGUGCGCGGUAAUGUGAUCAAUAUACAGUAACCGGACACUUCAUUAGGUACAGCAACCGAUUGGAAAGAUUAAGCGGUGUGUGUGUCACACAGAGCUCCUUAGGCCACAUGACCUCAGACGCCCUAUCUCCACUUCCAAGAAGAUCGAGCCUUUGAGUGACACAAGCAAAGCGUGAGAACUUUGUUGAUAUUCGACGUUGACACGCAACUGAAAGGACUUGAAGCAACGUCGACGACACCGCCACACUAACAUAUAACAUUAGAAUUAUUACAUUCAUGAAUCAAAUGCAAUCAUGUUUUUACAU